AUGUUCAAAUUCGCUGCUCUCAUUCUUGCUGUUGCUGGCUGCGCCAUGGCUAAGCCUGGUCUAUUGGCCCCGGUGGCUCCUCUUGCCUACACCGCCCCCGCUGCUCUUGUGGCUGCACCAGCUCCAGUUGUGACUGCAACCAGCAGCCAAGUGUUUGCGAGGAACUUCAAUGGAAUCGCCACAGCUCCAGUCAUUGCUCCUGCCCCAGUGAUCGCCAAAUACGCCGUUCCUGCUCCAUUGGCUGCCCCACUUGCUGCCCCACUCGCUGCCCCUCUUGCUGCUCCUCUUGCUGCCGCACCUCUGACUGUAGCUGGUAGCCCGAUCUUGGCCAAGUAUGCGGCUCCUGCUCCUCUGGCGUACACUUCUCCAUUGAACUAUGCUGCUCCUCUGAGCUAUGCUGCUCCAGCAGCUGCCCCUCUCUUCCUGUAA